AUGGUCUGUGUAAAGCUGCCUUGUACGUGGCUGUGUGAACGUAAAUGUGACCUGCACUCAUCGGUAUGUCCAGUCCAUCCACGUGGGCAUAGUACCCACAAUGCAAGCUUGUGGUUGGACAACUGCUUAGAGAAUUUUGCGGUUUCAUUUGAAUGUUUUAUAUUAGAUACGGUGCCAGAUUUAAACAAAACACGCAAACCAUACCUGGAAUUCUUCGAUGGGAGAGUCUCCAGCAUUGGACACACUGUGUGAAAUGAUUUUUAAUGUCUAACAAAAUCAAAACGGAGGGGAAAGUGCCUGAAAUGGAGAGCCGCUAGGGGCUAUUUUAGAGAUAGAUAUAUACUGUCAAAGAAAAGGGGCAGCGUCUGUGCGCCAUAGCAUCUACCUGCAGAUAGAGUGAUUUGGCAAAUGUACACCAAUUUAUAUAAAUAAAGAAUAGUGCUCACUAUAAUAUAGACAUCUAAUGGUCAGCGAUACUGCAGAACAAGGAUCGCACAAAUCUUGCAUAUAAUAAAUGGAAAUUGUGAAACAGCUUCUUGCUUAAUAGUGAAAAAAAAAUCUAUAAUAAAUUACCAAGAAUACAUAGAUAUCAGUGCAAGACAUCUUUGUAGAGGUAAACGGCUUUAUAUUAAACAUCUCAUAUGGUAAUCAAACCCUCUUAAAUGACAAAAGCCAUGCCGAAGCACACUCACAUGUAGGAGAGCUGAAUCAAGCUCACAAUAGCGUGAGAGCUAUAACACUCGACUGUGUAUAUACAGAGCAAGCGAUUUCUGCUGACGUAAACAUCUCCAAUCCGGUAUGAAACAGAGCCAAUAGUGAACCCUGAAAAUAUACAAGGUAAGGAGAACAAGAGCUAUAAGCUACCAACAUGUCUCACAGCACACACUUGCUCUGUAUAAUUUGCAUUGCUGGUAUAUACUUUAUAUUUAUAUGUAAUACGUUAGAUUAACCCCUGUAUCACAACUCAACUUUGAAUUCUAUGUGUCGUCUUGCUCAGAAAUGCUUCAGACUUGAGAAAGCGAGUUACUCCCGAAAGCUUGUCAUUACAAAAUUCUGUUCGCCCAAUAAAAAAAAGGUAUCACAAGAUACAAACUUUAUCUGUUAUUUUCAUGUUAGAUAAAAAUAUUCAUGAAUCCAGUAAGCAGAAUAAAACAAUCGCUAUCCACAUAAACCUACUUAUGUUUUAUUAUAUUAAUAUAUUGUCUCUCUGACUCUCAGUGCCCUCAUCUUCGGCUCGAAUCUCCCAUGGAUUAACAUAGAAUGUGACGGCAGAUAAGAACCAUUCGGCCCAUCUAGUCUGCCCAAUUUUCUAAAUACUUUCAUUAGUCCCUAGGCCUUAUCUUAUAGUUAGGAUAGCCUUAUGCCUAUCCCACGCAUGCUUAAACUCCUUUACUGUGUUAACCUCUACCACUUCAGCUGGAAGGCUAUUCCAUGCAUCCACUACCCUCUCAGUAAAGUAAUACUUCCUGAUAUUAUUUUUAAACCUUUGUCCCUCUAAUUUAAGACUAUGUCCUCUUGUUGUGGUAGUUUUUCUUCUUUUAAAUAUAGUCUCCUCCUUUACUGUGUUGAUUCCCUUUAUAUAUUUAAAUGUUUCUAUCAUAUCCCCCCGUCUCAUCUUUCCUCCAAGCUAUAUAUGUUAAGAUCCUUUAACCUUCAAUAUCCUUCUGGGGACACGGUCUCCAGUACUGUGUACAAAACGGUCAUAAUUGCAGAAAAGCGCCGCGUGUCCCAAUUGAAAUCGGUCUGUCUUACUAUCCCGUAACACUGAUUACAGGAAGAGCAAGAAUUUUGCAUUAAGAAAGAAAAAAAAAUCCACUUGGUAGAUGGGAAAAACCACGCAGUAUCCAUCAAUAGGCAGGGCCAUACUGGUAUUUCCCGUUGGACUGUCGCCACCUGGGGCCAGGCAGACAGCUGUCUGUGCUGGCGGCCGCAAAUGGAGCCGCAGAUGGAGCUCUGAUGGUGGCCGCAGGGGGAGCUGGCUGUGCUCUCUCUGCUCACCCGCCCUCGCGCGCUACUCAAUGAGCCCGGGGCCGGAAUAUGACGUCAUAUUCCGGCCUCGGUCUCAUUAAGCUGCGCCUUGGGGAGCAGAGACAGAACAGCCAGCUCCCCCUGCGGCCACCAUCAGAGCUCCCUCUGCGGCCGCCAGCACAGACAUCUGUCUGCACACAGGUAGCAAUUAUGUGUCAGUGUGAGUGUAUGUGUGUGUGUCUGGGUGUGUGUGUCUGUCAUGGUGUGUGUGUGUCUGUCUGUGUCAUGGUGUGUGUGUGUCUGUGUCAUGCUGUGUGUGUGUCUACCUGUGUCAUGGUGUGUGUGUGUGUGUCUGUGUCAUCUUGUGUGUGUCUGUCUGUGUCAUCUUGUGUGUGUGUCUGUGUCUGUGUCAUGGUGUGUGUGUCUGUCAUGAUGUGUGUGUCUGUGUCAUGUAAUGUGUGUCUGUGUCAUGUAAUGUAAGAUUGUCUGUGUCACGGUGUGUGUGUGUCUGUGUCAUGGUCUGUCUGCGUCAUAGUGUGUGUGUCAAGGUGUGUGUGUUUGUGUCUGCGUCAUGGUGCGUCUGUCUGUCAAGGUGUGUGUGUGUCUGUCUGUGUCAUGGUGUGUGUGUGUGUGUGUCUGUCAUGGUAUGUGUGUGUGUCUGUGUGUGUUUUUACUCACCUUUUUUUUCCCCCACGUCAUGCUGGUCUUCCCUCGAUUGGCCCUGCCUCAAUGGCUGAGAUCAUCAAGCUUGAUGAUCUCAGCCAAUCCGCACUGACACAGGAAGUACCUCUAGUGACCAUCUGAGUGUCUGUCACUAGGAAGCAAUGUAAACACUGCCUUUUCUCUGAAAAUUCAAUGUUUACAUUGAAAAGCCUGCAGGGACAGGCUGUAGACACCAGAACCACUACAUUAAGCUGUGUGUGCGUGUGCCUGCUAGUGAGUGAGCUUGUGUGUUUAUGUCAAUGAGCUGAUGAAUAUCAGUGAGAUUGUUUGUCUAUGAGGCUGUGUAUCAAUGAGCUUGUGUGUGUUAGUGAGGUUGCCUGUGUCUGCAUGUGAGUAUGCUUACUGUAUAAUUAAACAUUUUACUCUGAAAGGACCAAUAUUUUAUAGUAGAAAAAGCAAUAUAUAUUAUAGAUAUAUAUAUAUAUUACUCAAUCAUCUGGGGUGGCAAGACAUAGCCUUACAUAUUACAUGCGACAAUAUAUGGCACAGUGUUAUGGAGUGGGCAUAUUUUUUUUUUUUCCAGGGCUGCUUUGUAUCCCCAGUCCAGCCCUGUCCAUAGGCGUUUAUUUCCUAAAUCAGUAUUGUAGUGAACAGAACUCCAAAAGGCUAAAACAGGCGAUCUGUGACUAUUUGACCAUUUUUCAGACGCAGCCAUUUUUGCUAAAAUGUUAUUGUGAUUUUUAAUUACUAUUUGUUUACAGAAUUAAAACCAAAUAACAGAGGAAGCAGCUCUGGGCUUUAGAUUUCCUGCAGGUGAAGGAAUAGGUUAAUUUUAUCUGCAGGCCCGUGGUUUACAUUGCAAGGUUAGAGCUACAAUGAGAUGAAUUGGUCUGAGGACCACUCUGACGUCCCCAAUGUAAACAGUCAAACCGUUAGCUAAUGAUACGAUUUCUUAUCUGGCUCCGCUGGGCCCCACCCGCUGCCUCUUCUUAGCAUCUUCUGUGCCUCUUCCCCUCCCCCUUUUUCCUGUCCUAUUGUUUCCCCAGCAGGGUGUUGUCCCAGGGACACUGCCAGACCAGUUGAAACUGGCUGCUUUGUCCCUCCUCAAUCUCCCAUCAGCCCUUGCUAUUGUAUGACCCCACCCUUCCUUGUACUAUAGUAAUCUAUGUAACCUAUUGUAUGUAAAUGAGGCUGUUGGGGGCUUAAAACUAUGUGUGCUGCAUUCAUUAAAGAGUUGCGGUUUAACCUUCACCAUGUGUCGUCUGGUGUUUAGUCCAGGGUGGAAAAGACCCUAAGUGAUCCCAGUCAAGCCUCGGCAUCUGGGUCUGAAGUGUUUCAGGGUCCCUGAUAGCUACAAGGAGGCAGACUUGGCAGAGGUACUCGAUUGGAGUACUGGAGCUCCGUUACACUUCACUUUAUAAAAUUGAUACCAAAUUGGUAGACCUAAAUUCAAAAGAGUUGGGUCCAGAAGCCAACGGAUUAUUAUUUGGAGACAGUAUUAUGUGAGACCUCUCUAAGCACGUCUCAGUUUUAACAACAUAAACAAAGCUCAGUCCUAUUCAGAGUCUUUCGCUCCCAAACCCAUCAUUUUUGUGGGAGAGCUAGUCGCUAUAGAGGCCAAGCCACCAGCAGGGCAGCCUUCACAUGCUCCAUCAUUCCUCUUGUUUUAGUGUUCCUGCAGGCAGCUGCUCAAGGCUUCUGCCCUUUCUUGCAGUGAGCACUAUUGGUUGCUUCUUCUUCUCGAGAAUUGGACACCAUUGACGAAGAGAUAUCCAUCAUAUAUCCCAUAAGCGGGGAUUAUACCGCUGUGUGCGCUUUACCCCAGAGCUGGGUAUAAGCUCUUGUAAAUGUGAGUUUUCCACCAUUAUCUCUUACUACGUCUAAAUUUGAGCUAUACAUAUUGCACUAUUGGUUGUCCCUCUCUUUUUUCUUCUAUAUAAGUGGAACCACUAUUAUAUCUGAAGAAUCUAACACUGUACCAAAAGGACUAUCCGUAAGGACACACAAGUUGGACUUUUAUUUGGACUUCAUCUUUUUUUAUUAUAUUUUAUGUGGCGUAGCCUUUUCUAUCUGGGUGUUUUGAGGGAUUCCCCCUUAAGGGUUGCUGCCUACUAGUCGAUCAGCGCUGUCUCAUCCAUUUACUAUUAUUAUCUUCACAGGCUACAGGCCUCGCCCCACAUAUUAUUGGGCUUCAGGACCCACCAGACUCUAUCAUCGACAGUUCUUCAAUAACAGAGGAUCUAUUCGAGGAAGUGGCUCUGCUUCCCUACGCUGUCACACUGCUUCAGGUAAUAGACCUUACUUAUUUCAAUGCACCAAUUGCAGGUCGAUUAUCAUAUUUUUUUCCAACGGUGGAAACAAAUCUUGAGAUCAAUGGAUCCUAAACACAGUCAGGGGAAUCAGGAUAGUUUUAUCACCCAUCCCGUGCAAUACACCCCACCCACUAUGGAUGUCAGAGGCAGACAACCUAAUCUUAAACUCAAAGUUACACUACUUCAGAGAGAAGGGUGCGAUCGAGCGGUCGCCUUUCCCAUGUAUUUUUCUCAGCAACAUAUACUUGUAUGCAAAAAGACUGGGGCCCACUGUCUAAUUAUCAAUCUAAAAGAUCUGAAUCAAUUUUCCAGCUAGACAGCUACAAACAUUUCAAGAUGGAAGGCAUCCAUCUUCUCAGGGACUGGUUCUCCAGAUUCGAUUUAAAAGACGCAUACCUCACAGUCCCAUCGGGCUUUCCUUCAAUUCCUACAGCAAGGAGAAAUUUUGCAGUUCACCUGCCUUCCUUUUGGCCUUGGCUCCGCACCAUGGUGUUUCACCAAACUGAUGAAACUGGUGAUGGCCCACUCUAUUAUAUAUUUGGACAAUAUCCUUAUAAUGGUCCAGGAUCCACACCUACUGUGCCAUCACACAAACAUGACUUCUGCUUUACUUCAAAACCUUGGUUUUGUUGUAAAUUCCCAGAAAUCAGAUUUAGAACCUUCUCAGGUAGUUCAGUUUCUGGAAUUUCAAAUAGAUUCUAUACAGGCAAUUCUCCAACUGCCUUACCCCAAAAAAAAAAAUAUAAAAAAAAAAAAAAAAGAGAUUCGGAAUUUGCUAUCUGCCCAACAAAUUCGCCUACGCGACUUAGCACACAUUAUAGGCCUUCUCUCUGCAUCCAUCCAGGCUAUAUUUCCAGGGCCUUUACACUACCGAGCAAUGUAACGUUUGAAAACUUUCUACUUGCAUCGCUCCACUUCCUACGACCAAUUCAUUUCUCUGACGGAUGAGGUCCAUAUAGAACUCCACUGGUGGCUUAGCAAUAUGGAAGUCUGGAAUGGAAGAGCAAUCUUCGGAUCGCAAACAGAUUUCAUCCUAUAGUCAGAUGCAAGUCUUUUGGGUCGGGGAGCGACUUGUUCCAAGCUUUUGAACGGAGGUCUCUGGUCCCCUUCGGAACAGGCACUUCAUAUCAAUUGUCUCAAACUCAUUGCAGGAUGUUUUGCAAUCCGCAGUUUUGCGAAAGACGCCUUCAAUUGUUCACUGGUGUUAAGGAUGGACAAUAUUUCGGCAGUACAUUAUAUGAACUGGCUCGGAGGAUACAGAUCCAAACUACUUUCCGACCUCACAAAAGACCUUUACCAGUUCUGCCUGGACAGGAAUCUUUCCAUUCAAGUGGAUUGUAGCUCUUUCCCUUCCCAGUAACUAGGCGACACAUAGCUCUGGGAGUACAACUGAUUUUAUUUUGGCCACACAUGGCUCUUAUGCACAGACCCCUACAUGGGGUCUCCAAUACAAUAAUACAGGGCUUUUCCUACCAGGAUCCUCUACAGAAAAAUAUACAAUAUUCUAAAACACCCCAAAAUUAAAUUUUAAUAACUUUGAAACCCACGAAAGUAAUAUCACCAAAUAGCUUGGAUCUGAGCACACGCUUUGCCGAAAUAUCACUCAGAUCCUUUCAUUGGUUUCUUUCCCUUAGAGCUACAACAUGAGCGCAGUGGGUGGGAAGGCAAAAAAAAGAACAAGUGCCGAUACACAAGGUAGAGGCAUGAGAGCCCUCUCCCACUGCGUCUCUCAUCUGGAGGAGGUGUCACGGCAACGGUACAUAAUUCAUUGUUGCACUAUAGAAUAUUGCCAUUUAGUUCAUUUGUGUAGGCAUAUAUGAACUGCUGCCUGGUAGAGGUGGUAUUGUCAAUUUCAAAAGGGGCUCAUUUGAUUGUAUGGGAGCUUACAACCUAAAUUCCUCUUUGAAGCUGGGACCCCAACAGAGCUACUCUGUAAGGUGUGAGAAGUCAAACAUACGUGGCCUGGAAGUCUGGUUUCUGUAUAAACUAACUCUCUCAUGUGACAAAUGUCUUGAUUCCCUCUUAGAUAAUAAGCCCUUUAAUAUGAAUAGUCGUUAGCCUUGUGUUCCAAUAUCAUAUCCAAAAGAGACACCAAUACUUACCCACAGAUUAAUAAUCAAGCCUCAUCUUUAUUAUAUUUAGAAUGGGACAAGCACAAUCUUCGAAUCAAGGCUAAACAUGAUUUGCGAGCCUGGGGCACCCAGAGAAAGCUGUUAAUGGCAGCUGGGCAGAGUAACUCCCAAACGGUGUCCAGGGGGCCGGCUUCUACACUCCUCCAGGAGUCUGUGGCAAACGUGCGUGGGAACGAGCAUUUGUCACAGGACCUUUCACUGGGUCAGAACCCCAGAGAGUCCAGAUAGUCAUAUUAACUCCAUUAUGGAGAGUCCAGACUUGGUUUUCCCUCUGCUGGAACUCUCUGUAGAUUAUCCCCUUCUUCUACCUUGAACUCUGGAUAUCCUCAAGAAUCCAGUAGGCGACUGUCACCCACUCGCCUUAGAGGGCCAUCUUCACCUCGUAGCUUGGACUAUUUCAGAGAGACUUAUAAAGGGAAUGCAUGGAAUAGCCUUCCAGUGGAGGUGGUAGAGACUAAUACAGUGAGUCCAUGGAAAAGCCUUCCAGCAGAGAUGGUAGAGACUAAUACAGUGAGUCCAUGGAAAAGCCUUCCAGCGGAGGUGGUAGAUAUUAAUACAGUGAGUCCAUGGUAAAGCCUUCCAGCAGAGAUGGUAGAGACUAAUACAGUGAGUGCAUGGAAAUAUUAAUAAAGUGAGUGCAUGGAAUAGCCUUCCAGUAGAGGUGGUAGAUAUUAAUACAGUGAGUGCAUAGAAUAGCCUUUCAGCAGAGGUGGUAGAGACUAAUACAGUGAGUGCAUGGAAUAGCCUUCCAGCAGAGGUGCUAGAGACUAAUACAGUGAGUGCAUGGAAUAGCCUUCCAGCAGAGGUGGUAGAGACUAAUACAGUGAGUGCAUGGGGUAGCCUUCCAGCAGAGUUGGUAGAAGCUAAUACAGUGAGUGCAUGGAGUAGCUUUCCAGCAUUGUUGGUAGAAGCUAAUACAGUGAGCGCAUGGAAAUAUUAAUAAAGUGAGUGCAUGGAAUAGCCUUCCAGCAGAGGUGGUAGAGAUUAAUACAGUGAGUGCAUAGAAUAGCCUUCCAGCGGAGGUGGUAGAGAUUAAUACAGUGAGCGCAUGGAAAUAUUAAUACAGUGAGUGUAUAGAAUAAGUCAAAGUGGGAUCGGUGCUAGAAUGCCACAAAAUUAAGGGGUAUAUAUAUUGAACUGGCAGCACACCUAAAAAAGGGGAGUACCCUCCAAUCCCCUACAGAUAAUUAGAGAUAAAGCAAAAAAACAAAGGGAAAGGUUAGCCUUUAAUAUGAAUAUUUUGUACACAUAAAAUAGUAUGGUUCAAAUAACUAGACACUAGUCCAGAAUAAUAAAGUCCACAAUCAUGAGGAAAAUUCUUGUAGAGCAACGGUGAUUCGUCACAAAUGCAGACUUGUAUUCUCAGUGGGACAUAUGGAAAAGAGGCAGAAAAACGGAAAUCCAGUGGUGCAGUAGGUAAAUAUACUUGGAUAUAGAGAAGUAUAAAUAAGUACUACUCACAAUUUCCAGAGCUACAAUCCAGCUCUGGUAUAAAAUACGUGAAGUGGAAUGAUCCCCACACAAGGAUAUAUGAAGUAUGACUUGAAAUGUAAUAAUCCAGCGAUGGUUCCAGACGAAAAUAAAAAGGAUAAAAUAUAUAGUGCUCACUGUAUCUACUGUAGUAAAAGAAUAAAAGGUAUGGAAUGUACUCACAAUAUAUUGAGCAGGCCUUACUGUAGCGUAUGGUGGUAUAAUCCCCACCUAAGGAUUCUUUGGGCUUCUCUUAGGAUGAUGAAGAACAAUGUCAGGCUUAAUAAUAAAAUAAUAUAAGUAAUAAGAUAAAAUAGGAAAGGAAAGUAGCAACCAAAAUAUUUUAGAGCCAAAGUUCCUUUAUUUUUAUACAAACUUAUAAAAACUUUUUCUAGACGCGUUUCGCCUACAAAAGGCUUCUUCAAGUAGAAAAUGGUAAAAACAUAAACCUGACUUACAUAGCUUGAUAUAGAAUGCAUUAAUUGCAUUGGAAUUCAAAUGUUCCCGCCAAAAUGACGUCAUUAUAACCUUAAUUAAAAAGUACACAACAAAGACGAACAAUAAUUAUACAGACCAUAUUUAAUAUAUUGGGAAGAAUAUUUAUACAUGUAACUAUUAAAAACGAGGUGCUGGUAUAUUAUAAAUUGUGUAAGAUAAAGAUCACGUGACGCGUGGCUAAUUCACUUCUACGUCACGUGGUUAUCAAUGAAAUGCAUGUGUCACAUACAAGUGAGACGCGUUCGUAUAGGAGGGAGGUCUGGAGUGGGGCCGUCACCAAAGGGGAGUAGCCCCAUGGUGAUCGGGAAGAUAGACUGAGUGUGUGUUGGUGUGCUGUCUGCUCAGAUGGUAGGGCAGACAGCACACACACACCAUCCAAACGGGCCCCAGGUUCAGGACCUGAAGGGGGAGCCCACAACACAGACAGGCUCCCAAUAAAGCACAACAAAGAGCCAGACUCCACAUCCUAAAGACACACCGACCACGACCAACAAUGACACAGAACCUUCAAUUGUCACAUUGGGAAACACAGCAAGAAAAUGUAUGCUUAAUACAUAUUUAAAACUUGUAAAAAUAUAUUAAUAAAUACAUCAAAAUAUUCUUAAAUAUUAUAAACAAAAUAAAAAUAAGUUAGAUGCAGAAUAAGAUGCAAAUUAAAAACAGAACAGAUGGAAACAUUUCUUUGAUAUAAAACCAUAAAAGAAUAGUAUAAACAUAUAUAAAAUGUUAAAAAAAUAAACAUUUCAAAAUUAAAAAUAAACUGAUCAAGGCUAGUAAAAAUAGAUAAAUAGAACUUAUAAAAAAUUAAAAAGAUCAAAAUCUAUAUUCAGCCCUGUGGAGCAAGAGUCUUUAAAUUAAAUGCCCAUUCCAUUUCUUUACUGCCUAAAAUCUUUUUGAUAUCUCCACCUCUCCAAGGUAUCUAUACCUAUGCGCUUGAGAAAUUUAGUUUUUUUUCCAUGUUUUAAAAAGUGCUUUGAUACUGAAUGGUUCUCAUAACCUUUUAGAAUAUUCCGGCAGUGUUCUGCCAAUCUGGUUUUUAAGUCCCUAGUAGUCAUACCCACGUAUUGAAGCCCAUAUGGACAUUCUAAUAAAUAAAUUAUGUUCUUUGUCUACAAUGAAUAAAAUAUUUUAUGGGGUAUGAUCUUUAUGUGAUAGAUGAUUUAAAAGAAGUGGUUUUUGAUCUAAUAGUAUCAUCUGUACGUUUGCACACUAUACAUUUGUUACAUUUAAAAAAACUUUAGGUUUGUUUAAAAAGGAGGGGAGGCAAAAGGAAGAUGUAGUGUGGCUUUGUUUAGUGUAAUUUCUUGUGAGGAUGGAUUUAAAGCUGGGUGCCCCUCUAAAUAUAACAUGUGGUUUAUCGGGAAUAAUACCAGCUAGAGUCUCAUCCUGUUUUAAUAUAUGCCAAUGUUUGUUGAUAAUCUUCUUCAUAACAUUAUUUUUGUUAUUGAAGUCGAAGAUAAUUGGCAAUGAUGGGGCAUUUUUGGAGAUUUUGUUGUCUCCAUACUCCAAGAGAUCCAGUCUGUCUAUUUCACUGACAUUUUUUAUAGUUUGGUUUAAGUUAUUUAUGGGAUAGUUUUUUUGAGAGAAUUUAUUUAAUAACAUCUGAGAUUGAGCCUCAAAAUCUUGAGUAAGGGAACAGUUCCUUCGAAGACGGAGGAACUAACUCUUAGGUAUUCCAUGAAGCCAAGGUUUAUUGUGGCAACUAGACAUAUCAAUCACAUUAUUUGUACACACCUUUUUUAUUAAAAGUUUUCGUAUGUAGCUUAUUGUUUUGAAUAAAAAAUUUCAAAUCUAAAAAGUGGAUAAGGGAUUGACUAUAUUCACAUGUUAAAACUAUAUCGCUAUUAUUUUGAUUUAAAAAAAAGUAAAAACUGGUUAAGGGAGUUUUCAGUGUCCUCCCAAAUAAAAACUAAAUCAUCCAUAUAUCUAAAAUAUGUGACCAGGUUUGUCUGACAGUCAUGCUCUCCCAAAAUGGCCAUAGAUUCCCACUCUGCCAUAAAAAGGUUAGCAUAACUGGUGGCAAAACUGGUCCUCAUAGCUGUCCCUUGUUUUUGUAAAUAAAAGGAAUCUAAAAACCAAAAAUAAUUAUUUUUUAAAAUAAAAUUAUACCUUGAAUGAUAAAACGUAUCUGUUGGUCUGAAAUUUUAUUUUCUGCCCUUAGAAUUUUUUCAACUGCUGAACAACCUUUAUCGUGAGGAAUGAUUGUGUAUAAGGAUUGUACGUCACAUGUAACUAAAAAAUAUGUAUCUUUCCAAGUACAAUUAUUUAAAAACCGAAGUUUUAAGUACGAUUUCAUACAUUUUACUGAAGGUUGUAAAAGAAUAUCUAAAUAUUUGGAUAAAUUGGAUAAAAUUGAAUUAAUCCCUGAUACUAUGGGCCUGCCAGGAGGGUUUACAGCAUCUUUAUGAAUUUUCGGUAGGAAAUAAAUAACAGGGAUUUUUGGGUGAGAAACAUUUAAAAAUUAAAAUUCUUGUUUAUUUAUAAUAUUUUGGUCUCGGCCGCUGUUUAGGAAGGAAAUUAAAACCUGUUGAAUUCUUGAGGUCGGGUCUUGUGAUAAUUUUUCGUAAACCUUGCAAUCAUUAAGUUGUCUCAUAGCUUCUCCCACAUACAUAUCAUUAGACAAUAUUACAAUCCCUCCACCUUUGUCGGUCGGCUUUAUAACAAUGUUUUCAUCUUUUUGUAAUUGUAGAAGUGCCUUUCGUUCUAGUUGUGUGAGGUUAUCUCGAUUAAAUUUAUCCUUUUGGAUUUUUUCAAAGUCUUUUGUAACCAAUUUUUCAAAAACUUCUAAGGGACCUGUUUUAAAACCAGAUGGAAAGAAUGUAGAAUUCUUUCUUAAAGAGGUAGAUAUUAAAUUAGGAUAUUCUUCUAAUGAGGAAGCUGGAGGUUGUGGAGUAGAUACUUCUAGGUUCUUAUUGGUAAAGAAUCUUUUAAGAGUAGCCUUCCUUACGAAUUUAUUUAUAUCUAUAAAUGCCUUAAAUGGUUUGUAAGGAUUCGUUGGGGCGAAUUUAAGUCCUUUACUGAGGACUGAUAUUUGUGUAGAUGUUAAAGCUUUUUGAGAUAAAUUAAAAAUGCCAAGUUCCUUCUCAUCUAAAGGAGUUAUUGUCGGUCUAGCCUUUCUCAUUUGUGUUCUUCUCCCACUUCUCCUUCCUCUAAACUUAGACUCCUUUUUCUCGUUUUUAUAGGAUGUGGUGUUUGUGCAUGGGUAUUGUUUUGGGUGCAUAAUUCUAAAAAAUAAUAGUCAUUGUCUGAUUCAGAAUCUAUAGAUGGCAUUUGAUAUCUAUUUUUGACAGGUGACUUAGUGCUUUCCAAGUGUCUAUGUGCAUAUCUUGGUCUCUGAGUUUUGAUACGUCCCCGGGGAGUAUGGUGUAUUAUCAGUGUGCUUUUGGUGAUUAGAGGAUGUAGGGAAAGAAUUGUGGUAUUCUUGUGCUGAAUAAGAGAGUGUCUUGGUUGAAUUUGCUAAUUGUUAUUAGAUCGAGUGAUAUGUGAUCUAUUCUGGUUGUGAUGAAGUGAUGAAGUGAAAGAGUUUUUUUUCUGACGGGGUGAUAUUGUGUAUCUUUCCCUGAAGGGUAGUUGGAAUGUGGCUUGGAUAUAUCGCUGUUUAGAUAUGUAUUAGAGGAUUGAUAAGUGGUGGUGUUAAAGUUGUUUCUUUUGUUUAGAUGGAAGUAGCGGAUCUGGUUGUUGGAAUAAUCAUGUUUAUCCCGAAUAUAUUUUUUUACCUUAAUAUGCUUUGUAUCCAUCUCAACUUUCUCUAUUUUAUUUUGGAAAAGGAUAGAGUUUUGUUUGAAGACUUGUGUCUCUGUAAAUUAUGACAUUUUAUAUGGAGUGUAUGGAAUAGCCUUCCAACGGAGGUGGUGGAGACUAAUACAGUGAGUGCAUAGAAUAGCCUUCCAGCGGAGGUGGUGCAGACUAAUACAGUGAGUGCAUGGAAUAGCCUUCCAGCAGAGGUGGUAGAUAUUAAUACAGUGAGUGCAUGGAAUAGCCUUCCAGGGGAGGUGGUAGAUAUUAAUACAGUGAGUGCAUAGAAUAGCCUUCCAGCAGAGGUGGUAGAGACUAAUAAAGUGAGUGCAUGGAAUAACCUUCCAGCAGAGGUGGUAGAUAUUAAUACAGUGAGUGUAUGGAAUAGCCUUCCAGCAGAGGUGGUAGAGACUAAUACAGUGAGUGCAUGGAAUAGCCUUCCAGCAGAGGUGAUAGAUAUUAAUACAGUGAGUGCAUGGAAUAGCCUUCCAGCAGAGGUGGUAGAGACUAAUACAGUGAGUGCAUGGAAUAGCCUUCCAGCAGAGGUGAUAGAUAUUAAUACAGUGAGUGCAUGGAAUAGCCUUCCAGGGGAGGUGGUAGAUAUUAAUACAGUGAGUGCAUAGAAUAGCCUUCCAGCAGAGGUGGUAGAGACUAAUACAGUGAGUGCAUGGAAUAGCCUUCCAGCAGAGGUGGUGGAGACUAAUACAGUGAAUGCAUAGAAUAGCCUUCCAGCAGAGGUGGUAGAGACUAAUACAGUGAGUGCAUGGAAUAGCGUUCCAGCAGAGGUGGUAGAGACUAAUUCAGUGUGUGUAUGGAAUAGCCUUCCAGCAGAGGUGGUAGAGACUAAUACAGUGAGUGCAUGGAAUGGCCUUCCAGCAGAGGUGAUAGAGUGGGACAAAGCAAGUUACAGAUAGGGAAUGGGCUUAUUAUGAUGAGCUGUUAUAAAUGUUUUCAAAUUUUUUUGUAAUAUAUAUAUAUCUGUUUUUUUUAAUGGUUUUAUUUAUAGAAAAUCGUAUCGCAUUGUAACAUGUAGCUUUUUGUACAAUAAUCGUACAACAAAGUUAACAAUGAGAAUGCAUUUGAGACAGAAUGGCCACACAUUGUUAGUACAUUGCAAGGUAAAGCAUCACAGUAACUUUAUAUUGAUUAUUGGUGAUUAGAAGAUUAAGGCUGACCACCUAGCGUAUAUUGUGCGUUCGGCAUGACCGGUGUAGGCAUAUACUCUAUUUAUUAAUGCAGAGAAGCCAGUAUGAUAAAUCAUAUAGCUAAACACUGACCACGUGAUCAGCUGUUUUAGCAACUACAGUAUAAAUCUAUUUGUCAUGUCUUAGCGUUUUAUGUUCUGAAAAUAAGUUAAGUUUUAUUUAUAUAUUUACUAUAAUUUAGUUGUAAUUAUUUUAUGAUAAUAUAAUAAUAUAUUAUUAGUCUUUAGAUUAAAUUAAUAUUGCUAUUAUUAUUAUAUUAUUAUUAAUAAUAUUAUUUUUCUGGCUAAACAUGGCAGCAUCACUGAUGGGCAGUUCCUCCCUUGCUAAGAAACAGGAAUGAUUAAUUAAACAAUGAACAAUUGAUAAAUUCCCACUCCUCUCGGAGCUGCCCAGUCUAUGCUAGUCCUGCCUUGCUCUUUGUUUAUUUGUUGGUGAUAUAGUGCGUUGUUCCAGCUGGUAUCAAGAUGGCCACGGCGUCCAUGUAUUCCUGGAGUUUUUGCGCAUGCGAAAUAAGCGGUGCAUGCGUGGACUCGUUAAAAUCCUUAAAAAGGCGCAGAAACGUAAAAUGUUAAACAGACAGUGUUUCAUUUUGCUUUAGGUGCCUGUUGGACCUUUGUGCUGCCUUGGCCCCUGUCCUGUUCAUUUCAGGUAUGACAUUGUUUAUGUAUUGUUUGUUCAAUCGGUUUUACGUUUAACUUGUAGGUUAUUUAUUCGAUUAUUCUCUUUUCUACAGGAUGGCUUCUUCCCCCACCUCCCCUGCUUGUGAUUAUAGAAGAAACAGGUGAGUCCUGUGUUUGGGGGAGCACAAGAGUGCAGUGAUGGCGUAAAUGUUUUUUAAUACAUUGCCCGGUUAUUUCAGCCCUAGAUUAUCAGAAGACGCUUCAACAAGGAAGAAGAAGCAAAAGUCCCAUCUCUGCUCGGGCUGUGGUUCUAAAGCCUGGAGAGAAAAGAACCUAUGUUUCCAACGCUUGGAAGAAGUGGCAGAAGGACAGUCUGAGAGGAGCUCCACGCAAGUGGAUUUAAAAAGAAUGGAUUUCCCAGACUGUUGAGGAAGGCUUCCAAUUUGCUUUCAGGAGUUCUACUGAAAGAAGGAGAGCUAGUCGGUCCCUAGGCUCUGCUCAUGUACUUCCUCUAGGAUUCAGAGGAGGAAGAAGAUUAUCACGAGUCACGGAACAAAUCUAUUGAAUCUAUCGAAAGGUGGAUAAAUGAAUAG